GAUAUUAUUGGAGCGGACUCACUGUGUAGCUGCGAGUCGAUGCAACAUGUGUGGCGACAUGUCUCGUAACAUCGUGGUAUCGCUCAUGUUGCUAGUUGCACUUAACAUUAUGUCGGUCGCCGGUCAAGAUGGUGACUUUGGCGGGGACGAUUUGGGUGGUGACUUUGGCGGGGACGAUUUGGGUGGUGACUUUGGCGGGGACGAUUUGGGUGGUGACUUAGGCGGUUUAGAUGAUGGAAUGGGUGAAGGAGAGGACGGCAGCUAUACAAUCGAAGUACCAGCUGGAAUAAUAGACCGCUUAAUAGUGGAACACGCAGAUGGAGAUGUGUAACCAUUCGCUUUUCAUGCUAUUCAUUAAUUAUGUAUGGAAGUUUUAACUUUUUUUUUGUAAAACUUAAUAUACUAUGGGUUUUUCACUAUUAGAAGAAAUGAUCAUAAAUUAUUUCUUAUCAUUCCAUACAGUUUUACGAUUUUCAUGUGUUUCAAUAUUUACAGAGAAUAAAUGAUCAUUCUACCAUU